AUGGCUAACUGGUAUGAUAAGCUCUCAAGUCCAUUAUCUAUGAAGUCGGACCAUAAGUUGAAGUGGGUGGAGUUAAAAGACGUGCCAGAAUGCACCCAAUAUUGCGUACGAUUUGAGGAGUGUGAAGCCAGCUGCGUCCAAUUGGUUGGAGGAAAGGGAGCCUCUUUAGCUCUACUGGCUUCUGUGCAACACGAGGAGUCCGUGUACCGGCGCGUGCCUAACACAAUCGACGUGAACCUGCGUAUGCUCGAAAUGUCUAUUCACGGUCACCGUGUGGCGGACGAUGCCAUUCUCAGUACAGCGCUGCAUCGCCGGACUCCUGCCCGUACAGACCGACUGCGGUCAAUUCUUGAUAUGAUAAAGAUUGGUGAGCUCCGCUCAGGAGACAUACUAAUCACAGCGUCUACGGACAUCGGUUGGUCGCCGUACUUCCCACUACUGGCUGGUAUCGUCACGGAACUUGGGGGCCUCAUUUCGCAUGGCGCAGUCAUAGCCCGCGAGUACGGUCUCCCGUGUGUGGUGGGGGCAGGGGGCGCCACAAACAUCUUCAGCACUGGAGAUACUGUCCGGCUCACUGCUGACGGAAUCGUAGAGACUGUUAGCGAAAAUAGCUAA